AUGGCCGCAGGCAGGAGUUCAUUACGGAGGGGGUUGUUACUGGUAGUUGUCUUGUCCAUGGUCCUACUUUGGUUCCGCAAAAGCACUGUCGAAUAUUCAGUCCGUCCGGGACCGGCGCCGUCUAUUGAUGACCAGAGGAGGUUCUGGUAUGCCUUCCAUGCCAUCAUCAAAGCCACUGUACCCGGCUGCAAAUCACCUAUCAAACUCGAUGAACACCCGGCGCCGCUAGAAUUUCACCCAGACAAUAUCGGAAACAUCACUCUGCCGGAAAAUCUCAUGCUGAAUAAAGGGGAUAAAAGAAAACUGAAGCUCGCCCAUGCUCGGUUUCUCAGGCUGAUUGCUCCGCCGGAUGGGCCUGUACUACCAUUCCAGAAGAGGACUCGAGGGAUUGUUUCCACGGCUAGCAAAGCAAUGCUUCCAACCCUCGUAACGUCCAUAUAUAUGUUGCGAGUGACUGGUUCAAAGCUCCCGGUUGAGAUAUUCCUUGCAGAUAGAGGUGAAGACGAUGCGUUUACAUGUGGUAUACUUCUCCGGUCUCUGAAUACACGCUGUAUAAUUCUGGACGGGAUAUUAUCAUUCUCCCCCUUGAAAGAAGGAUUGAUGAGAUAUCAAUUUAAAAUAUUUUCACUUCUCUUUUCUUCGUUCGAAGAAGUUUUCUUCCUUGACGCAGAUGCGUUUCCCAUCCGUGACCCAGCCCGUCUAUUUGCCUCGAAACCAUUCAUAUCAACCGGGAUGGUAACAUGGCCAGACUUUUGGCAAGUUACAUAUCACCCUUGGUUUUUUGAAAUAACUGCUCAGCAAUUGCCGAAUACCUUUCCCAUCCCAUCCACCGAAUCUGGCCAGCUUCUAAUAUCCAAACGGACUCACUCUAAAUUACUUUUACUUUCUGCGUACUACAACUUUUACGGCCCGUCUUACUACUAUCCCCUAUUAUCUCAGGGCCACCCAGGCGAAGGGGAUAAAGAAACAUACGCUGCGUCGGCAAUGGUCUUGAAUCUUCCAUUCUAUGCUGUUUCCACACGUCCUGAGGUGUUUGGAUACAUAAACAAGAAUGGUAAGUGGGAAGGGGGCGUUAUCAUUCAGGCAGACCCAACGUGGGAAGUUAUAUCAAGGCCAGGUAGGAUGUAUGGAUGGAAAGGAAAACCCGCGGUACCUUCAAACGCAUUCCUCACAUUCCACGCAAACUUACCAAAACUAGAUCCAAUUCAAGUCUUUGGAGAAGGUGGCCUUGCUUGGGCUGCUGAUGGGAGUCCGCAACGCAUGUGGGGCACUGCAAGAGACUCGAUCCUGCGAGUUGGUGCUGAUGUUGAGAAACGUUUAUGGAAUGCUUUGGAGAGGACAUCGUGCCAAAUGGAAUGGAAUUUCGCGCCCUGGGAUGGGAGACCCAGGCUUUGUGAAAAAAUUCGCCGGUUUAUUCGCGGCAUGGCUUAG